UUUUUGUUUUGUUUUGAAACCGUCGUGAAAACAUUAAAUACUAGAGAUCUUGACAAAUCAUGAAAUAAAAUUAAAAAGCACUAUAAGUGCUGACAAAAAAAUUAUUCUAACACAGACAUUAAACUCUUUUAAUGUAUUGGAAGUUUAGUUCUUUAGGAUUAAAAUUUUUCUUGAAUGAGAGAAAAUCAAGACAAUUUCCAUUUUUUAAUUUUGCUAUCAGAAAUAUGGCUUCUUUUAUGGGCUCUGAAAUCAAAGGGAUUCUUUUAGACAUUACAGGCGUUUUGUAUGAAAGUGGAAAUAGUGGAGCUAUUUUAGGUUCGGUGAAUGCUAUUCAAAGGAUACAGUCUCUACACAUUCCCUUCCGUCUUGUCACAAAUGAAACACAAAGGACAAAUUCCUCUUUAGUAUCCAAAUUAAAUUCAUUUGGAUAUUCCUUUUCAGAACAACAAAUUAUUUCACCAGGCAUAGCGACAGCUAACUAUUUGAACAAGCACAGUUUAAGGCCUUUUCUGUUAGUUCAUCCAGAUAUCUUGCCAGAGUUUCAUAAUUCUGAACGUACUAACCCAAACUGUGUUGUUGUUGGAGAUGCAGCUGAUUAUUUUUCAUAUGAAAAUGUAAAUGAAGCUUUUAAAGUGCUUAUGAAAUCAGAAAAACCAUUACUUAUAUCAAUGGGAAAAGGGAAAUAUUAUAAAGAAAAAGAUGAGCUUGUUAUGGAUUUGGGUGGAUAUACAGUUGCCUUAGAGUAUGCUGCUGGUGUUGAAGCUAAAGUGAUUGGUAAACCUAGUCCAGAUUAUUUUUUGAGUGCCUUAAAUGAGAUGGGAGUAAAACCUGAAGAGGCUGUCAUGGUGGGUGAUGAUAUUAGCAGUGAUGUUCAUGCUGCUCAAAAAUGUGGAAUGAAAGGUGUAUUAGUUAGAACUGGAAAAUUCAGGCAUGUUAUGUUUUAAAUUUUAUGUGGA